GCAUCCGGGCUGUUUACACUAAACUACACGGACCGCAAACCGGAAGUGCCGCCUGAAAUUCGCAAGAUUGGCAGAGUUGCGAAGACUUCAAUAGGGAGCGCUGAAAACUAGAGGACCGUCAUGUCCUCUGACCUGCUGGUGGAUCUUCAUGAUGAUCUGGGAGGAGACGACUCUCCUAGUGCUGCUCUGGACCAGCUCAAACUGGUACAGGACAAACAGUGGCCACCGGAUGACCCUUCCAGCCUGAGCAAAUCUGCUUCAGACAUUAAAAGUCUUGGUGACACAUCACAUCUGCCCUGGGAUGACCCCUUUUAUGACAUCGCCAGACAUCAGAUUGUGGAGGUGGCAGGAGACGAUAACUUUGGCCGGAAGGUGAUUGUCUUUAAUGCUUGCCGUAUGCCACCCCAACAUCAGCUGGAUCAUCAUAAACUUCUCAUGUAUUUGAAGCAGACUCUUGAUAAGUAUGUGGAGAGUGAUUACACCCUCAUCUACUUCCAUCACGGUCUGACCAGUGAGAACAAGCCCUCACUAAGCUGGCUUCGGGAUGCCUAUCGGGAGUUUGACAGGAAGUAUAAGAAAAAUAUCAAGGCACUGUACAUCGUCCAUCCCACCAUGUUUAUCAGAACUAUCCUUAUUCUUUUCAAGCCCAUCAUCAGCUUUAAGUUUGGCCGGAAGAUAAAUUACAUCAAUUAUUUGAGUGAGCUGGAGGAGAUUGUGAAGUGUGAUCAGCUGGUGAUCCCCAACAGAGUCCGAGAGUACGAUGAUAAGAUCCGUCUGUCCCUUAAGCCGUCUGUUGUUCCUGGACCAAUCUCUCCCCCUCGUAGUCCUCCUCUUCCUUUCCAGCAGUUUGGAGUCUCUCUGACAACAUUGAAACACAGGGCAGCAGACUCAGAGGGAAUUCCACUAGUCAUGCGUGACACUAUUGGAUUCCUGCAGGAGAAUGGUCUCCAGACAGAGGGAAUAUUCCGGCGUUCUGCAAAUGUUUCUUUGGUGAAGGAUGUCAAGGCAAAAUAUAACUCUGGAGAGGAAGUGAAUUUCUCUCAGCUGGAAGAUGUUCACUUGGCAGCGGUGAUCUUGAAGAUGUUCCUCAGAGAACUGCCAGAGCCGCUGCUCACCUACCAGCUGUACAACGACAUUGUCAACUUCCACAAUGUUGACAACGAGUCUCAGGCAGAAAGGAUUCAGAACAUGCUGAUGUCACUCCCUGACGAGAACUAUGCAUCACUGCGCUUUCUUGUACAGUUCCUUGCUCAGGUAUCUGCUGAGAGCGAAGUCAAUAAGAUGACCAAUGCCAAUCUGGCCGUUGUGUUUGGGCCCAACUUGCUGUGGGCGCAGGACGCUUCCAUGACCCUCAGCGCCAUCGGACCAAUCAACAACUUCACCCGCGUCCUGCUCGACCUUCAUCAGGACGUCUUCAUCCAGUGAGGAGCAGGAGAACGUUUUCACUCCGUUUUGCUACGGUGUGUCCCAUCCUUUGUGUCUCCCUCAGUAUUGCCAAAAGCAUGAGUAUUUUAACUGGGUGAAGCUACGCAAAAAACAAACAAAGAAAAAAAGGAUCCUGAAGGGCACAGAGCAGUCAAGCUUUCACUCAAAUUUAGGCUGUGAUCAAAUUUCGACAAUCGUCUCCUGUUCUCACGUAGCUGCUGUCAGACAUAAUGGUACUGCGCAGGCACACGAGUUUUAUACGGUCUUUUAGCAGAGACCUGAUCAAUAAACAAACAAAGAGUUUUUAUUUUUCGUUCUUUUGUGGUAGCUCAUCCAAGAAAGUCAGAUCUAGACUAAAUGCACACGUUUUGUAAGCCAUAGCUUGCACAAAGCUAUGGACAAGUUCAAAGCACUACUACUCAAACUUGAAACACUUAUUUUAAACUCGCUUCUUAUGGCAUUUAGUAUGUGAUGUUAUGUAUUGUCUCCAAGAGCUUUCAUUUAUAUGAUCAUAUCAUUAUAUUAUUAUUUCCUGUAGUCUUUCAUCUUUUUUUUGAUGUCUCAGUGGUUCCAGGAACAGGGCAGAUGCUUUUAUGGCCAGCAAACAUUUCCUGAUGCCGAAUCGGAUUGCGAGAAGCACUCUGGUAUUAAUAAUUCUUUGAUCAUAACCUGAUUCUUUUAUUUAUAUGAAUAUAUACAUAUGUUUAUUAGGGUUGUCAUGAUACUGGAAUUCGAUACCAAUCGGUGCUGGAAUUUUUCAAAACGUCCAAAACGAACAUUUAAGCGCUGUUGAGGACGUUCUUAAACGCAGCUGAUUUGCCAUUGUGUUAACGUGAUUAAUGACAACAGAAAUGACUGUGAUUGGCCGUGAAGGUCAUCGGUUCACUAAAUUCACCGCUGUUUACUGUGUGUAACCACAGAUACAGGGACAAUGGAGCGCUUUAAAGCCAUGAUGUCAGCUUAUAGACAAACCAGCUGAUUGACGUGACUUUGAAACGCUCCAGUGUCCCUGUAUCUGUGGUUACGUUCAGUAAACAGCUGUGAGUUCGGUGAACCGAUGACCUUCACGGCCAAUCACAGUCAUUUCUGUUGAGCAGGUGAACACAAUGUCAAAUCAGCGCUGUUUAAGAAUGCGCUCGACAAAUAUUCGUGUUUUUAAAAUUUCAGUACCGAUUGGUAUCGAAUUUCAGUAUCGUGACAACCCUAAUAUAAAUAAAUGUAUAUAUCUCUGCCAACAUGCCCCCUUCUCUCUGUAUGUGUGUAUUUUGUGUGUAUGUGUGGUCUUCUCAGUAAUGCUGUUGUAAUAAUACCCCCAGACAUAUUUAUUUUGGCCAAAGACUAUAUGGUUAAAUGCUUGUGUGGUCAAUUUUAUUUAUAAUUAAAAGACGUACUGCCUUUCGGGGACAGUGCCAUUAAAAGAGUCAGCUAAAUAAAAAAAAAAUAUAAGGAACAAUUUUUAAGACAUUUUGUCCUCUUAGUAAAAUUGUGGUUUUAUCUGUGAGGAAACAUAUCAUAGUGCGAUGAGUUAUUACCAGUGUCUUGAGUACAUAAAAAAAGAAAAAAACCACAAGUACAGAAGCAGUUUUAUCACAGGGCUCUGUUAGUGAAGGUCGACAUUUCCCUUCGCAUGAAUUCCUUGAUUAAUGGACACAAACGGUCUGGAUUUCACACAAAGGAGGUUUGUUUCAUGGGUCUGACGUCCAAAAGAACCAUAAAGCAGGUACUUGGGUACGGAUUAUUUAUCAGUAAUGAGUUAAGUGUGUCAUAUGCCUUGAUAUUUGAAUUGUAACUGUUUACUGUAAACGUCUUGUUCAUGUCAAUCCAUCCGUUGAGCAUUGACAUGUGGACCAGUGGCUUAAAUAGUUUUAGACAAGCUCCCUCAAACCCAAGUGUCUGUGUGCCUUACUGGAGUGAACUGGCGAUGAUCUAUAUUAGCUGUUGAUUCCCCUUCUCUGGACAGAUCUGUGAACUUUGUGCCAUUUUGUUGUGUGCGUAUCCAAACAUCGACCUGUUUACCUGUGCUGUAGACGUGCAUUUCUGGUUUCCAGGUGGAACUUUGCAUUACUUCUUUUGUGAAGGUUCUUUUCUUCCAUUUUGGCUGUUAAAAUGUAUUCUGUGCUUUUGAAAUCUGUACUUUUGUAUAUCAUGUUGUGAAUUCAGAGUAAUAAAUUGAUAGAGAUGGUGUA